CGCGCGGACCGACGCGACGGACCACGCUGACGGGGGUCCGAGAGACCACAGACCGACUGGCAUAGGUGUGAGUCGCGUCCCGUUGCGCCCCGUCGAGUAGAUUCGAAUCGCGUUGGGACUGCGUCAGAUUCAGGCGGUGUUGUAGAGAUUGGAUACGAGGUAAUUGGACAAGGGGAGCCAUGAAGAAUUGCCGGGUCCUCCGGGUCAGUGUGGUGAUUCUCAGCUACGCUGCGCUGCUCAACUGGACCGGGGUCGGCGCCAAUUGGUGGCUGCUGGGAAUGCAGAGCUCUAUCGACCUUCAGAUGGCGUCCAGCUCUUACCAGAACACCUGCCAGAAGCUGCACUACCUGGUGGCGCGGCAGCGGGAGCUCUGCGGCCUGGACAGAAACAUUCUCCAGUGUGUGGGCUACGGCGCUAAGACGGGUAUCGAGGAGUGCCAGUGGCAGUUCCGCACGCACCGCUGGAACUGCUCCACCUUCAGCAACGCGUCCUCCGUCUUCGGAGGCAUCGUCGCCGUCAAGAGCCGAGAGCGCGCCUACAUCCACGCCGUGUCGGCGGCCGGCGUGGCCUACAGCGUGACACGGGCGUGCAGUCGCGGUCAGAUCGCCGAGUGCGGCUGCGACCAGCGCAUCCUGAACCGCCGGGCGCGCCGCUGGGAGUGGGGCGGCUGCUCAGAGGACGUGGAUUUCGGAAGGAUGUUCAGUAGAGAGUUUGUUGACUCGAACGAGGAGAAAAACUCGGCCGAGGGUCAGAUGAACCUGCACAACAACGAAGCCGGCAGACGGAUUAUCAAGAAGAACAUGGUCCGUCUGUGCAAAUGCCAUGGUGUGUCAGGAUCCUGCAAUAUGCAGGUGUGCUGGAGAAAAAUGGCGCCUUUUCGGCAGAUCGGUGACAGUCUGCGCGCCAAGUUCGACGCGGCCACUAUGAUGCAGACGGUCCGUCGGCGCCGCAGGAUCCGACUCAAGCCCAAAUACCCGCGCCAGAAGAGGCCCACCAAGCGCGACCUGGUCUAUCUGGAGGACUCGCCAAACUACUGCGACAAAAACACAAAGUUGGGCAUCCCCGGCACCCGCGGCCGCGAGUGCAACCGCACCUCGUGGGGCAUGGACGGCUGCAACCUGCUCUGCUGCGGACGCGGCUUCCGCACCGAGGUGCUCGAGGUGUCAGAGAAGUGCAACUGCCGCUUCGUCUACUGCUGCCACGUGCAGUGCGAACAGUGCAACAAGACGGUGAUGAGGCACACGUGCAACUGAGCUGGACCCGCGGGGUGGAGCGAAGGGGGAGGGUUUGAGUGUAGCGACGGAGGAGAUGUGAGCAUUGUAGAGUGCCGCGGGAUUCAAUGAGGCUCUGGUAGAAAGGACAUGAAAGCUGAGAACGAAUGUGCCAUUGCAUUGGAUGAAUAACAUGGGGUGCACGUAUGCUCGUACGAAAGUAGAAGACAAGACAGGCUAGUCUUUUUUUCGUAAAGAUUGGAUUAAAAGCGUGAAGCUUUAGUUUGCAUGGAACAACUUUGUGUAAUAUUAGAUGCUGGACGAUCUAACCCCAUGUUCAAAUCACCUUCAAAUAUCAGUUCAAACCCCAUGCUAAAAGUGAACUAUUUCCUUUUAGUCACAUUACCGUUGGAACUGAAUCAGUCGUAGUACAUCCCUGACGGGAGUAGCACGCUUGUCUUAAAUCCUUUGUGAACAGUUCCGCUAAAUGCGGCUAACUCCGUGGCAACGGCAGAUACACUCUGACCGACAAGUUACCCAGUGAGUGGAUAAAGUUAAAUGCUCCUGUACGUGUGAGCGGAAUGAUAUUCGGACACGCGAUAAGUGACAAGGAACUGGAUGGAAAGACUUCCGUAGCGUCGACGGCUGCGGGUACUAUUGAGUUACUCACUGAUCCUGGAAAUGAUUAUUUAGUUUGAAAAUUCUCUCAGACCUCAGCAUGGGGUCAG